AUGUGCCGCUUGGCUUGUUGGGCGUGCUGCAAGUGCGAAGCCUAUCGCACAACUCACCGUUCAGCAUCCAUCACUGGUGAGGCUGACACUACCCUCCAGUUCACGCAAGUCCUGCUUACGACAGAUCCGGAUUUACUGUUUCUGAGUAAGAACUCUAUUACGGUGUCACUUUCCAGGCCCCCAGCCUCAUCCACUCUCGGCCUGCUCCGAUGGCGCGGAUUGAGAGAUAUCCGCCAUCAUUCUAAUCUUCCAGAGUCUCACAUGCACGCCAUCGCCCGUUUCUUGCAGCUGGACGCCGCGAACUCUUUGCGGGGAAGCCAUCACACUGCGCUUAUGGCUUGGAAAGGCCUCACCUGGCCGACCCCAAUGAGGAAGGCAUAUGCUGAGAAUCAAUGGCCAGCCAAAAAGCAAUCAUGUCGUCGGAAGACGUUCAGCUCAUCAUCGACUGCGUUUAAUAUCAGAAUACCUGAUAGAUUUUGCCGUCAGACGGGGUUAGAGCAUCAGCUUCACAAAGGUUGCCUUCUGAUGCUGGAGCCCAGGCAUAAGGCGGUAGGGCUGCAAGGGGUUCUCUCACUAAAAUAUGAGGGGCUUUCACACCGUUCAGUUUCGGAAAUUCAUUUGUUUGUCUUCUACGGUCAUCUGGACUCGUCUGCUUCGUCAACCCAUCACCUGGAUCGCUGUCGCAACACCCAACGUCCGAUUUUGGCCGAGAACAUGUCGGCUUCGAAAUGCCCCGUUCAAUCGGUUUCUUCGAGCCACGAGGCUUCACCGCCACACACCCCAUUCGUAACGUCUAAUCCUCCACACCAUGACUACUUCAUUCACCAACCCCCCCAAAAAGUGACGAAGGUUUUCACCGACUCGAUCACCUCUUGCUGUUCGUUUCGGGCGGAUUUCGGUCUUGCAAUAUGUGCGCUGCGUUGCUCAGUCCAACUCAUUCCCUUCAAGCUGAGGAGAAUGGCUAAUCAUUCUCAUAUCGCUGAGGUUAAAAGACUAGGAAUCCGUGCAUCCCAGUCUCUGCCGCUCGUCCCGGUUAAUGGUCCUUUCACCCACAUCGGAUAUAUCUCGCUUCCACUUGACCUGAGGCAAGCAAUCACAUGCAUUCUUGGAAAACGAAGUACUGCAUAUCAUAUAUGCCUGGCUUCGUUUCCGUCCGACAAGCAGACGGUGCUGUGUACCGCUCACAUGGAAAUCACUUCCCCAUACCCCAACUGUCGCCAACCGUGGUUCUUUCGUCCCCACGAGAUUCUUCACCGGGCCUACAGCCUUGGACAAAGCAAUGAUGCUCUUUUUUCGUUUUGCGAUUCCCGAUCUAUAGUAUGGAGGCUUUUACCGCCAUCGCGCUUCGCUCUCCCUGGCGCUGGAAAGCCAGUCCAGUCCAGCCCAGCCCUAUCCACCAUCAUACGACACGAAAAUAUCAGAACGCAUUCUGAUAAUGGCGGAAACUAUGAUUCUGAAUCCCACCCAACCUUACAAUAUUUCCCUAGCUUCUCAUCUCCAUCUUACUACAGCCAUUCCUGA